AUGCCUCCUCCACAUUCUGGUGUUGCAUUAUCUGAAAAGAUCAAUGCAUUAAUAACUGAGUGGGAGAUUGAGAAGAAGUUUUCCAUUACUUUGGAUAAUGCUUCUGCAAAUACUUCUUUUGUUGAGAUUUUGACGAAUCAAUUGAACUUUAGAGGUCUACUAUUGAUGAGUGGCAAGUUUUUUCAUGUGUGUUGUUGUGCUCACAUUUUAAACUUGAUAGUCCAAGAUGGACUUAAGGAAAUUGAUUUGUCAGUGAUAAAGAUUCGUGAGUGCAUCAAAUAUAUAAAGGGUUCUGAGGGGAGAAAACAAAAGUUCUAUGAAUGUGUUGCACAAGUGGGGAUAAUGGGAUUGAUUGAUUCCAAUUUUAGUAGUUGUCCUUCUCCUCAAGAGUGGAUUAAAGUAGAGAAGAUUUCCAAGUUUUUGGGGUACUUUGAUGAUGUUACAUGCUUAUUUUCUGGGACAAAGUACCCCACAUCAAAUAUAUUCUUCCCUAAGGUGUUCAUAAUACAACACCAAAUCAAGGCAGCCAUGGAAGAUAAUGAUGGUUUCAUGAACAAGAUGGGAACUAAUAUGAACAUGAAGUUUGAGAAGUAUUGGUCAGAGUACAAGUUCAAGUAUGUUAGAGACACAUUGACAUCUCUUUUUGAUGUGUACUCGGAAAAUUUGUCUCAUCUUGUUACUUCGAAUAAUGGAAUCAAUGAGACGGCUAGUCAUACGGAAGAUGGAGACACCAUUUUUGAGGAUUUUGAUAAUAGUUACAAAAAUGGUCCAAGUACAAGUAGGAAAAAUGAAUUGCACAAGUAUUUGGAUGAGAAAAGACUAGAUAGAAAGCAAGACAUAGAUGUUCUUUCUUGGUGGCAAAUGGAGCAUUUUCAUUAUCCGAUACUUUCAAAUCUAGUUCGUGAUGUGUUAACAAUUCCUAUUUCUACGAUUGCAUCGGAAUCCGUUUUUAGUAUUGGUGGUAGAGUACUAGAUCAAUACCGUAGUUCAUUAUUGCCUGAAAUUGUUCAAGCUUUGUUGUGUACUCGAGAUUGGCUUUUUGGCAAGGGAGCUUUGGAGGAAGAGAGUGCUACUGUGGAAAGCCUUACUGAAGAUAUCUUCAAACUUAUUUGUCAAGAUAAUAGAUUAGGACAAAGCUCCAAUAGUAUUUCUCUUGAAGAUUGA